AUGGCUUCCAGAUCAAUCAUGACUACUCCUAUUUGUUUGGUGGAAAACCAGAAUGAUGAGCUGACUGUGAAUUCAAAAGCAUUAAAGAUUCUUGAUGAGAUUUUUCAGCCCGUGGUGGUGGUGGCCAUUGUAGGACUAUACCGUACAGGAAAAUCCUACCUGAUGAACCGUCUGGCAGGACAGAACCACGGCUUCCAUCUGGGCUCCACAGUGAGGUCUGAAACCAAGGGCAUCUGGAUGUGGUGUAUACCUCACCCCUCUAAACCCAAUCACACCCUGGUCCUUCUGGACACUGAGGGCCUGGGUGAUGUGGAAAAGGGUGACCCUAAGAAUGACUCAUGGAUCUUUGCCCUGGCUGUACUUCUGAGCAGCACCUUUGUCUACAACAGCAUGUCCACCAUCAACCACCAGGCCCUGGAGCAGCUGCAAUUUGUAACUGAGCUAUCAGAACUAAUCAGGGCAAAAUCCUCCUCCAGAUCUGAUGAAACAGAGGACUCCACCGAGUUUGUGAGUUUUUUUCCAGACUUUGUUUGGAUCGUUCGAGAUUUUACCCUGGAUUUGAAGCUAGAUGAACGCACUAUCACUGAGGAUGAAUAUUUGGAGAAUGCCUUGAAGUUGAUUCCAGGCCGAAAUCGCAAAAUCCAAAAUUCCAAUCUGCCUAGAGAGUGUAUAAGGCUUUUCUUCCCAAAACUGAAGUGCUUUGUCUUUGAUCGUCCUACAAGUGACAAAAAUCUCUUAGCCCAUAUUGAAGAACUCUCAGAAGAUCAGCUGAAUCCUCAUUUUCAGGCCCAAGCAGAAAAAUUUUGUUCCUAUAUCUACAGCCAAGCAAAGACCAAGACCCUCACUCAAGGGAUCAUUGUCAAUGGAAAUCGUUUGGGGACUCUGGUGAAGACCUAUGUGGAUGCCAUCAACAGUGGAGCGGUGCCUUGUUUGGAGAAUGCGGUGACAACCCUGGCCCAGCGUGAGAACUUGGCAGCUGUGCAGAAGGCAGAUGACCACUAUAGUCAGCAGAUGGCCCAGCGUGUGAGGUUUCCCACAGACACACUCCAGGAGCUGCUGGAUGUGCAUGCAGCCUGUGAGAGGGAAGCAAUUACAGUCUUCAUGGAGCACUCCUUCAAGGAUGAGAAUCAGAAGUUCUACAAACAACUCGUGAGCAUCAUAGAGAAAAAGAAGGAUGACUUUGUGCUGCAGAAUGAAGAGGCAUCUGUGAAAUAUUGUCAAGAUGAGCUGAAGCAGCUGUCAAAGUCUCUGAUGGAAAGUAUUUCAGGAGGAACAUUCUCCGUUCCUGGAGGAUACAGUCUCUACUUAGAAGCAAAGAAAAGGAUUAAGCAUGACUAUACACAAGUGCCCAGGAAAGGAAUUAAGGAGAAUGAGGUCCUCCAGAAAUUCCUGCAGUCACUGGAACCAAUUGAAAAAUCUAUCCUGCAGUCAGACAAAGCCCUCACAGAUGGAGAGAAGGCCAUAGCAGCCAAGCAGGCCAAGAUAAAGGCAAUGGAGAGGGAAAAUGAGCUGCUGGUACAAAAACAGAAGGAGCAGCAGCAAAAGAUAGAGGAUCAAGAGAGGAGCUUCAAGGAAAACAUGAACCAAUUGAAAGAGAAGAUGGAAAAGGACAGAGUAGCACUCCUGAGAGAGCAGGAAAGGGUGCUGGAACAUAAACUGAAGGUUCAAGAAAAACUGCUUAAAGAAGGAUUUGACAAGAACUGUGAGGUGUUAAAUAAUGAGAUACGUCGACUAAAAAAUGAAAUCCAAACAACUAAGGAGCAAGGCCCCAGAUUUUCUAUUUCUUUUAAUAUAACUGGGAAUCCUUUAAAGGGGCAAAUGCCAGGUUCUGGUAAAGGUAUUCAGAAGUAA